UUUAAAAGUAUAAAAUUACGAUUUGUAUCAUUUCUAUGGUUGUUGGUUGUGUUUGUUGUGACUGAUAACACCUGGAGGGGGGGUUACUUUGGAGACUCAGAAUUCUGCACUCCGCCCCUGAUCGGAGGUUUGUCUGUCAAGGCACCACAGACACAUAAAGUGGACCACAAAACUGUCUUUACAAGCCUGGCCUAUCAGAAACUGUUGUAGCCGGGUCACGUGGAAACAUCGACAGACUGAUAGGCAGGCGGCAAGAUGAGAGAGGAACUUAUGGCACUUCACUGGAAGAGAGGCAAGUCCGUGCGUAAAAACUGAAGUUUACCACGCAGCUGCGCAACAUCGGAGGAAGCUAAGCAAUAACACAGAUUCCCUCGAGUGAAUACACGAAAACAAAAACAGCAACGGAGAAAGCGGCAGGAAAAUUGGUUGUAUGGCACCUCAGUCGUGCGUAAUGAAUCCUGCGCAGGGAUCAACGCCCUCGGCCGAUCCGGGGGAGACCUCUCCAAAGGACCGAGCCGCUGGUGGCAUGGGGACUGACGAGCUGGACAUGUCAUCUGUCAGAAGAUGUAAAACCAAAAGUUUAGAUCUGCCUUUCAGUGUGGAAUCACUCAUAUCGGACAGGACGCCGGACAGAAGCAUCCACUCGCCCGAGCCUGGUUCAUGCUGUCCCCGGGCAGACGAGAUCGAGUGUGCGUCACCGAGGGGACUCCAUCGGUCCAAACAAGAGGCGGUGGACCUCAGUGACAAGGAGACGAGUCCCUGGAGUCAGACUCCAUACGCAUCCCCUCCAAGACUCCCCAGCCCGACCCCAUGCAAUCUACGGAAACACAAGAACAACAGGAAACCCAGAACUCCUUUUACAACAUCUCAGCUGCUUUCUCUGGAGAGGAAGUUCCGUCAGAAACAGUACCUCUCCAUCGCAGAGAGAGCGGAGUUCUCCAACUCACUCAGCCUCACAGAGACCCAGGUCAAGAUCUGGUUUCAGAACCGCAGGGCCAAGGCCAAGAGACUGCAGGAGGCCGAGCUGGAGAAGCUUAAACUGGCCGCGAAACCGCUGCUGCCGGCCUUCGCCUUUCCCUUCCCCCUGAGCGCACCGAUGGGCGCACCGUCCCUGUACGGGGCCCUGAACGGACCACGGCCUGCCCUACCUGUCCCAGGACUAUUCAGUGGACCAUAUGGGAUGUACUACUUGUCUUAACCCUCGCUAACUUUGAACUGCAUCGCCGGGAAAGCUGCCUUUAAAAAAAAUGCCUUCAAUCAGCAAACAACCAAUACUACAAAAUAAUGUCCUGAGUUCUUAUAUGAAAUCUAAUGUAAAAUACUUUUUCGUUAUGGUGUAAAGUUGAAUAAAGUGUGAGGAAUAUUUUUCACACAAAUACAUUGGCAGAGCAGCCUGCCUUAAAUUAAAACAAAGUAUUUUCAUUUAACGUGGAACAGAAACAAAGUGAAAUAUUUUCACUCGACUGUCAUUUUUCAUAGAUUUUCAUUAAUUUUCUAUGAACAUUAAUAAAAAUAUAUGAAAGAUUUAC